CUUGCUGAUAUAAAAGGUAACGUUAUGUAGCUUAAGUUUCCAAAACAGUACCGCAAGCGAUUCAUGUUAAUGUUUAGGGCAAGCAUCGGGGUUCUUAACUAAAUUCACCCAGUCAGUAGUCGCAAAAGUAGUUGGCGUCCAUGAAUGGGUGUUGUUAUGGAGGGCUCCAAGUCCUCUAGUACCACCAUGCAGGUCAGCUUUGUGUGUCAGCGCUGCAGUCAGCCUUUAAAGCUGGAUACAUCCUUCAAUGUGCUCGACCGUGUCACCAUCCAGGAACUUAUUGCUCCUCUGGUCACAGUGACGCCAAGCAAGCAGACAGGAAGCAAUGAGGCGGAAAGUGCUCCAGAGGAAACCUUUGUGGAAACAAAGCAAGAUGGAGUCGCAAGAAAAUACAUCCCUCCUGCAAGGAUGAUGUCCACAGAGAGCGCCAACAGCUUCACUCUGAUUGGAGAAGCGUCGGACGGAGGCACCAUGGAGAACCUCAGUCGGCGGCUGAAGGUGACCAGCGAUCUGUUUGACAUCAUGUCGGGCCAGACCGACGUAGACCACCCGCUGUGCGAAGAGUGUACCGACACCCUGCUAGACCACCUGGACACGCAGCUCAACAUCACAGAGAACGAGUGCCAGAACUACAAGAACUGCCUGGAGCUGCUGUCCCAGCUGAAGGAGGAGGAGGAGGACAGCCUGUUGCUGGAGCUCCAGAAACUGGGCGAGGAGGAGUCGUCACUGGUGGGGGAGCUGGAGGCAGUGGAAGAGCAGAGGGCUGCUGUGGCCGAGGACCUGGUCCAGGGACGCAGCCACUCCCAGCAGCUAGACACUGAGGAACUGCAGUACCAGAAGGAGUACAGUGAGUUCAAGCGACAGCAGCUGGAGCUGGAUGACGAGCUGAAGAGUGUGGACAACCAGAUGCGAUACUGCCAGAUUCAACUGGAUCGCCUAAAGAAGACCAACGUCUUCAACGCCACCUUCCACAUCUGGCACAGUGGCCAGUUUGGCACCAUCAAUAACUUCCGUCUGGGCCGUCUACCCAGUGUCCCCGUCGAGUGGAACGAGAUCAACGCCGCCUGGGGUCAGACCGUGCUACUGCUCCACGCCCUGGCCAACAAGAUGGGGCUACGCUUCCAGAGAUACCGCCUGGUCCCAUAUGGAAACCACUCUUACCUGGAGUCACUUACUGACAAGUCCAAGGAGCUACCACUGUACUGUUCAGGGGGCCUGCGCUUCUUCUGGGACAACAAGUUUGACCAUGCCAUGGUGGCCUUCCUGGACUGUGUGCAGCAGUUCAAGGAGGAGGUGGAGAAGGGAGACACGGGAUUCUGCCUGCCUUACAGGAUGGAUGUCGAGAAGGGCAAGAUUGAGGACACGGGAGGCAGCGGCGGCUCCUACUCCAUCAAGACCCAGUUCAACUCGGAGGAGCAGUGGACCAAGGCGCUCAAGUUCAUGUUGACCAACCUCAAGUGGGGCCUGGCGUGGGUGUCGUCUCAGUUUUACAACCGAUAGAGGAGGAAGAUGAGGAAUCACUCUGGGUGUGCCCCUUGACCCUUCUAAAACCACAAUUUCGUCACAAUGUGUGACUCUCUAAAGUUCUUCUUCUACAAAGCUCUCCUUGCUUCCCUAUGAUGUUUUGAGAGGGUGUGGAGAAGACUGGAGGAAGGACUUUUGAGAUUCACCAAUGGUGUGAGUUCCAAUCCAAUACGUCUUGUUUCAUUGUUUGAUUUCCACAUUGACCAUAUGAAAGGACAAAAUAAAAACUGUUGAAUUGUUCACAUUCAA